UCUUAUUAGCAGCAACGCCUAUCUGCUUCGCACAAAUGAUUUGACAGCGCUAGCACUCAGACUGUUUAUAGCUCUACUUAAAGUGAAAUAUGCUUGGACUGGCCCUGCUGCUGAUUGGCGUCACCAGCCUGCUGUUGUGGGAUUAUCUGGCGCGCAAGCGGCGCAAUGACAUGCUUCACUAUAUGCCUGGUCCGCCGGCUCUGCCGCUGCUCGGCAAUGUGCUCAUGUAUCGCGGUCUUAGUGGAGAGCGCAUUAUGGACUUUGUGCGCUACAAUUGCAAACGCUACGGCACUAUCUAUCGCGUUUGGGUGCUCAAUCAGCUGGCUGUCUUCUCCACCGAUCCUGCCGAUAUCGAGGUUAUACUUAGCAGUCCUCAGCACAUAACCAAAAACAAUUUGUACAACUUGCUACAAUCCUGGCUGGGCACGGGCCUGCUAAUGAGCACCGGACGUAAAUGGCAUGCUAGGCGUAAGAUUAUAACGCCCACUUUCCAUUUUAAAAUACUUGAGCAAUUUGUGGAUAUAUUUGACCAGCAGAGUGCGGUAAUGGUGCAACAGCUGCAGCCACAUGCCGAUGGCAAAACUCCGCUUAAUAUAUUUCCAACUAUCUGCCUAGCUGCAUUGGAUAUUAUUGCAGAGACUGCGAUGGGCACCAAGAUCAAUGCACAAAUGCAUCCGGAUUUGCCUUAUGUGCGCGCCGUAUUCGAAGUGACCAACAUAAUGACGACACGUUUUAUUAAGCCCUGGGAACGCAUCGACUGGCUGUUCCGGCUGCUGGCACCAAAGCUGGCGCAAAAACAGGAUGCGCUCAUUAAGACAAUGCAUGAGUUUACGGAAACCAUAAUACAACAACGGCGAGAGGCGCUCAUCAACGAUCAGCAGGGACAGCAGAAGGCUGCUGCUGGUGAGCUGGAUGAUUUGGGUCAGAAGCGUCGCAUGGCGCUGUUGGAUGUGCUGCUGCAAUCGAACAUAGAUGGUGCACCGCUGAGCAAUGAGGAUAUACGCGAGGAGGUGGACACAUUUAUGUUUGAGGGACACGAUACCACAUCGAGCGGUAUGUCGUUUUGCUUGUACGAGAUCUCACGUCAUCCACAGGUGCAGGAGCGCCUCAUCAAUGAGAUUGAGCAAGUGCUGGGAAAGGAUAAGCAGCGCUCGGUAACGCUGCGUGAGUUAAACGAGCUGAAGUACUUGGAGUGCGUGAUAAAGGAAUCGCUGCGCUUGCAUCCGCCAGUGCCCAUUAUAGGACGCAACUUUAGCGAAGAUGUGGAGAUACGUGGCAAGCGCAUACCCGCUGGUACCAACUAUUCCAUAGGAAUCUAUAUGCUUCUACGCGAUGCCAAAUACUUUGAAUCCCCUGACGAAUUCAAGCCCGAGCGUUUUCUUAACGACGUUGACGACACCACCACCCAAGCUCAUCCCUAUGCCUAUAUACCAUUCUCGGCGGGUCCACGCAACUGCAUUGGUCAGAAGUUUGCCAUACUGGAAAUGAAGAGCACCAUUAGCAAGACCUUAAGGCACUUUGAGCUACUGCCGCUGGGCCCGGAGCCCAUUUGUACGCUUAGUCUAGUGCUACGUUCCAAAAAUGGCAUGCACAUGGGCUUACGCCCACGUUCGUAGUAGCGUAUCAAGCCAUAAGUGUAUGUACAUAUGUAUUUAUUUUUCAAUUAAGCUUUACUCGCUGUUUACAAUUGCAUGACAGCUGAUAAGAGGACAGCUGCCUAUUAGUUGAUCUCUGCUUUAAUUGCAAAGAGAGCAUAUUAGCUUCAUUUGAUUUGUUACUUGCUAUUUAUUUGAAUUAUUUUUAUACACUUUUUAUAAAUUAAACAUGCAUCUGAAUUUCGCGCGCAA